AUGGGUACGUUUCAUUUCCACUUCUGCUUCAGCUGCAGUCAGUCGACAGCCGCCGUGCGGCCCCUGGGGGAACAGUGCCACUGGGAUACGAGGUGGCCAGGCCAGGCCCCGGAGUGCCCUCCCGCCACACAGCACAGACAUAGCAGCUUGGAUCCUGACUGGUGCAUCGCACGUGCAGGGGAGGAAGCCAACCCCCAGAGGGCUCCCGGCCCCUCGAAGGCGACGCCAGGGACGAUGCUUGUUCUCGUUGUCGGCAUCUGUGCGGUGCUGCUGACCUGCAGGCCAGUGCUGCUGCUCUCCCAGCUUGAAACAGUGACGUUUUCCCCGGAGAAGCUAUCCUUGCCUGUGGGCGACACAGCCAGCUUCUUCUGCAAUAUUACCACGGCGAACUUCCCUCAGUUUGAUUAUAGUUUAAACUGGUACAAAAAGAUCAAUUCCACUUACACACAAAAAAUUGCUGAGUUUAAUGGGAAUGCAAAUAAAUUCCCGAAGGAGAAAUUCACCCUUAUCAACCAUACCUCGUCUGUUGAGAUAAGGAUUCUGCACCUAACUGAGAAUGACAGUGGCAAGUACUACUGCGGGCUGAUCGCUUUCUCCUCGCCCAGUAAAGUGGUGGAAAGCAACGUGUCCCAGCUCAUAGUUACAGAAGGAGGGCCCACCACCAUUCCCAACGUGACCGAGGACAACCAGGCGGGCGACUUUAAAGUGCCAGUCAUCAUUGGCGUGAGCAUCGCUGCGGCCAUGCUGCUGGGGCCGAUCACCUAUGUGCUCUUCAUCACCACGCGCCGGACGGGAGGGCAGCAGAAACCACAUCGUGAAAACGCACUCUUGAAGAAAGAACAGGUGACGACCUACACAGUGGAUUAUGGCGUGUUGGAAUUCCAGCAGGAGGAGCACACAGAGGCUCCGGUGGAGAGUUACCCACCCGACAACACAGAAUAUGCCGUCAUCGUGUUCCCUGAAGAGAAGCCUGUCACCCCGGAAAGGGGGAAGAAAACGAAACACCAGAGGACCUGUCAAAUCUGAGCCCAGCCCUGCUGAUGGGUCAGGAGCCCGACCGUGCUUCUCCUUCUCCUUUGUCCUCUCUUUACAGCUUUCUCGGAGGCUUUCGGACAGGAAGGCCUGGCGGCAGCAUCUGCACUAUUUGUGCACGCUGCGCCCGGUUGUACGUCAGCCCCUGACUCUCCUUCUUCCCCGAUUUGGACAGCCGCUCGGAUGACUGACAUUUUACGGCAGCCGUCAUCGGGAUCCUUCCCUCCUCCGCAGGUCGCAAGCAAUUGUUUGCUGCUAAGGAAGACAUGUGGUCAGAACACGCUUCAGGGUCUGGACUAAUGGACAUGUGGUUCGAGCCCUGUGCUGCCGUGGCGGAGAGCCAUGUUCAAUCCCGGUCCUUGGUUUCUUGCGCUGCAGGGGUGUAUCGUGGAGGCGGCAUGAUCCAGCCCUGGGGGUGGGGGAGAAAGAGGUAGAGUCAUGUGUCACUCAGCAGUUACCCUAUUGGUCAGUGAUGCUGGGCUCCAAAGAGAAGCCUUGCCAGUCCUCCUCGUUCAUUAGGAUGGUGGUGGCAAAGCUGGGUCUAAAGGAUGGGAGAGGGUAAACCGGUGGAAAAGCGUGGGAUCUUUAGGGCUGGAAGGUGGAUGCAGGGGAACCUGCUGGAAGAUGCUACCAUAAACCGUUAGAGCCCAAUUCUGCCUUGCUUAUGGUCUAGGGAUACAAGCUGCCACCUCACAGAUAAACUAACGCUGACCUGCAGCUCUGAUAUUUCAGUCCUUGGGCUCCCCAGUCAUGCCAAACGGAGCGCAAACCUGCCUCUUUUGACUUCCUGCUGGGUUUGACCCGACUAAGAAAUCUUAACAUUGGGAGAAAUUCGUGAAUGCAUGCCACUGGCUGCAGUGUAAAAGGAUACUAUGAAACAGAUUGCAGCUCUGAUGGGUUCUCAUCACCACAGGGGCUGCAGCACCCAGCUGAAGUCAGUGGGUCUUCUUGGGUGCAGCGGACUGGAGCAGGUUGCUCCUUCUGUAUUGUACCGAGCUAGGGGCUUCUCCUAGCUUUGUGUGAGAAGCUGCGUUGCAUGUAACUGUUUAUUUAAAAAGACUAGUGGGAAAUGUACUGUAAUGUGUUUUUUCUUUUCUGUAGUUUUUGUCACAUAUUUGCACUUGAAAUUUAAGAGCUCCAGGUGGAUGGAGCUGGAUUGGCACCAAAUCAGGUAGAAAUCUGACCAGUGCACAGGCAGAGGAGAUGGCAAGAAGGCCGAGUGAUUCUAGUGAGGCACAGAGACUGUGAAACUCUUAGGAAUGCCUUACUUCUUGACCAGCCCUGCCGGACUCAAUGGGGCUGUUAGAACAGUAAGGUGUCACUCCUGGGGUUCACAGUCAACCUGGGGGCUUGAUCCUGUUGAGUGGGUGCUUUGCCCUUAGCUUCGGCUACAGGGAGAUCAGGACCCAGGAAUUUACACUGAAGUGG